GUAAGAAGGGAGCUGAUACUGGUUCAAGCAUAUGAACCAGAUCUCAGCGGCGGAGGCUACUACGAUCGUCCAGCGUUCAAAUUACACAGACGGCACACGAGACGCGCCUCUGCACCUCUACGAUACACAGUUUCUCCAUUGUUGAUCAUAGCAAAAUGCCAUUGGGAGAGGAUGAACAUUCCUGGAAAAAGAAAACAUCACGCAUCAAGGAAAUCUAUGCCUUCAAAGACGUUUUGGGAACGGGGGCUUUCUCUGAGGUGGUGCUUGCAGAAGAGAAGAGGACAAGAAAACUAGUGGCGAUAAAAUGCAUCCCGAAAAAAGCUCUGGAGGGAAAAGAAAACAGCAUUGAGAAUGAGAUUGCUGUGCUCCACAAGAUUAAACAUGCCAACAUAGUUUCCCUAGAGGACAUCUAUGAGAGUAAAUCACACCUCUACCUUGUCAUGCAACUGGUUUCCGGUGGUGAACUCUUUGACAGGAUUGUGGAAAAAGGAUUUUACACUGAGAAAGACGCCAGUAAGCUCAUCCAACAGAUCUUGGAUGCUGUGAAAUACCUACAUGACAUGGGCAUCGUGCACAGAGAUCUGAAGCCAGAGAACCUGCUGUAUUACAGUAUGGAUGAAGACUCCAAAAUAAUGAUCAGUGAUUUCGGCCUGUCAAAGAUCGAAGGUUCAGGGAGUGUGAUGAGUACAGCGUGUGGCACACCAGGAUAUGUGGCUCCUGAGGUUCUGGCACAGAAGCCAUACAGUAAAGCAGUGGACUGUUGGUCAAUCGGAGUCAUCGCAUACAUCCUAUUAUGUGGAUAUCCGCCAUUUUACGAUGAAAAUGAUGCAAAGCUCUUUGAGCAGAUUCUGAAGGCAGAGUAUGAGUUUGAUUCACCAUACUGGGAUGAUAUCUCUGACUCAGCCAAAGAUUUCAUCGUGCAUUUAAUGGAGAAAGAUCCCAGCCUGCGUUACACAUGCGAACAGGCUCUUCAGCACCCCUGGAUCGCUGGAGACACAGCGUUGGACAAGAACAUCCAUGAAUCUGUCAGCGCCCAGAUCAAAAAGAACUUUGCCAAAAGCAAGUGGAAGCAAGCAUUUAACGCCACAGCAGUGGUUCGUCACAUGCGCAGGCUGCAGUUGGGAACCAGUCAGGAAGGCCAGAUGCAGCCCACCCUGCCCAGCCCCUGCCAUGGACACCUGCUGGUGGCCGAAGGAGAUGGGGAAGAGAGCUCCCUGCAAAGGGAAAAUAGUGGCUGUUCCGAGGAUGUCAGUGAAGGAAACGACAUCCAAAACUGCACCUACCACGUCCAUCCCACCAGUCGGGUCUGAGUGUCAGUUAUCCUACAGUAACCAAAGACUAACUGUCCUGUUUUUCCACUGGUGUCAUGCCACACCCCAGUCUGACCAGGAAUACUGAGUUACUCCAGCUUCCUGCCACUAGGAAGCACUGCAGUGUAAAGAACCAGGUGGGAACAGGGUCACUACUAUUCCAAUGUAAGGAUUCUGUUUAAUGAGAGGAGAUUUCAAAAAGAAAAGAAAGAAGAAGAUUGUCACAGGUGCUUUAUGCGUAGUAUAUGCUAUUGUGGGAGCUGAAUAGUGAUUGGACAGUGUUUUAACUCAUUUUUAAAACAUCUAUUUUUAUGUAAUAUCCUGAAUUAAGAGUAUAGUGGGACUAUAUCUGCCGAUGUCUAUCUUCUUUAAAAAAUGAGCACCAUGUUUUGCCUAAAGGUUGUUGUCUAUGGCUGUUGGUAUGUGGCCUAAUUCAAUCCUCACAAUAGUUUUAGAUCUGUCAAGAUUUUACAAGGUUGCAGAAUGUUGACUUGUGCAAAGAUUGUACACUUUAAAUGCACAUCUUGAAUUUUAGCUUUUGAGGGUAAAAACACGCUGCAAAUAUAAUUUUCUUUAUCAGUAUUUUUGUUUUGUUUGUCCAGUAAAAAUAUCUAAACGUUUUAAAAAAGGUGAACAAGAUAAAAAGAUUUCUUUUGCAGGGAAUAUAUCUUGAAUUAUGUUGAUUUUUAAAUUUAUUAUCAUUAACAUUUAAGCAUAAACCUCACUUAAUUUUUUUAGAUUGACUUCAAACAAUUUGCCAAUGGGGUAAGAAAAAUGAACCUAAAGAUGUCUUGUUUUAAAGAUGUAAACAAGACACAAAUACUGAGUUUUGCAGGCCACACUUCACAACAGGUUUCACAGCCAUGAGAUUUUACAUGUUAACUGUGUUGCCACAUCUCGGUUACUCUGCACUUCCAUAAGAGGCGCUAAUUAAGUCUAAAUUACAUUUUGAUUGGUCUUUGGUUCGCUUUUUAAGGUUGUGUUACACCAUGUCUACUCAAAAAAUCUUAAAAUCACUUGUCAGUAUGCUUAAGAACCUAUUUGUGGCAUCGGAUGUUUUCUGUCGUGCCUUCAUGGAUUCAGUGUCAAUGUUGUACUUUUUUUUUGUUUACAAAUUUCUUUGUUCUGUUUUUGUCUUAUCGGUUGGGAAUGUUGGAAGCUGUACAUGUUAAAAAAAGUUGUUUACUCUCCAGUUUACCUACAAGGCUACAGCUUUACUAAGCUAUGCACUGUCGGUAGACCCUUUGUAAAUGUGUAAUGUGUGCUGCCAUCUUUUAAAUACUGCAGAGCUUUUGUUUCAUCUUCAUAUUUUGUAAACCCCUUUCUAUUACAACAUUAAUGUACUCAGGGGAGGAAUAGAAAUCAGAGGAUUUUGAUAUAUUGAGGGGUCGUUUUACAAGGGGAAAAUGCGAUAGGAUACGUCACUACAAGGCUAUGCUUACAAUUACAUUCUUUAACUAUAUUUUACAUUCUGGAUUCUUUUCAAUGUUGGAACCUGUAUGAAAGUAACCUCCAUUAAAGGAUGUGAAUGUGUGACUUGACUCCAGUUUUAUGUUUUGUUUGUUUCCAUCACUUCCAGACAGAAGUUGUUAAAAAUGUUAAUGAUGGAAUUUUUUUUUUUUAUAUAUAGUUACAUAAUAGGAUUCUCCAGAUGUUUGCAAAAAGUGCUGUAGUUUCCACAAAUGAGUUGGAAGUCAUUGUGUUUUCCACAAGGAGUUUUCCAUUAACACAAAUGGAAAUGCUUUUUUCACAUUUUUCUUUUUGUGUAAUGGCUUUUUUUGUUUUAUGCUAUUAAGGGUGAAGUGAGUCAUUUUUGUACCACUAUGUCAGAUUUUUACAAAAUUAUGUCUUUUUUAAAAAAAAAAAUUCCCAAACACUCCCCCCAUCUGCCAUUUGGUCAGAAAAAUAGUUAAGUCUCACACCAACUCUUUACAAGCAGUUUCAUAGGUCAUUUAGUCAUUACAUAGUACAAAAUGGUUGCUGGAAGAUUCUCAUUUACAAUACAUCAUAAUGCAGAUAGAAUGAUUGAGUUGAAUAUAAGUGUAAUAUAAGUUAAGCUCAAUCGACUGCAUUUGUGGCAUAAUGUUGGUUACCAGAAAAAUGUCCCUCCUUUUCUUAAAAAAACUAAAUAUAAAUAGAUUUUACAGUGAGGCACUUGCAAUGAAAGUCAAUGUGCAAUUUUGGGGGAUUUAAAGGCAGAAUUGUGAGCUUAUCAUUUUAUUAAAUGUUUGGCAUUAAUUCUUUUGUUAAGACUUGUGUAUUAUUUGAGCUUUUAAGUUGUUUAAAUUGUAAUUUUUACAGUAAUUUGGGGUUUUAGGGUCUGUUGACAUUACAUCAUCAUGGCAACGAUGUAUGUAUAUUUGUAUGUAUAUGUACAACCAUAGAAAUAUGCAUACUGUUUAGCCUUUUUGUAAGACUUGUAAAAGCUGUUUUGAGCCAUUACUUGAAUAGAUGUAGUACAUUAUAUAUAUUUACUAGUUAUUAUUCGUAAUGGAGUACUGCUCGAUAGUGACACCAAUGAUUUGUAUUUUUAAAAAUGUGUAACUGUUAAGUGGAUUAAAUAUUUAUUGAUUAUGCAUUGCAUUUCUGUGCUCUGUCUAAUGUGUUGAAAGAGUGAGAAUGACACAGAGAGAGGAUGUGGUAUAUAUACUGUAAAUAUAAUAUUGACACAUUUUCUAAAUAAUAAAGGUUAUGGUCUUGUUUUGGCAUGUUUACGUACUUUGAGAAGCAUGGAGGGCCAUAUUACUCAGAA